GAGAACCAGUGCAAGUCGGAGAAGGAGCACUGGUAGGUUUUUCCGGUCUUUCUGCAUUUUGAUUUGGCAGAUUUUUUCUUCUACAAAGGAGUAGUAUUGAAGUGAUUUGGGUUUAUGACCCGCCAUAGCGAAACAACAUUCACAAUUACAUGCCUCAUGACUUCCCACACACGUUUUUGGGAAGACGAAGAAUUGAAUUCAAAUUGAUUCAUAUGCUUCAGGACCUGGAGCUGAGAUCCGUUAAAACGGAAACGGAGUAAUUGAAUUGAUUUCAUAUGAUUUGAGCUCGGAUUUGUUACAGCAACCAAAUCAGGCCCGGAAGCCGGGAACUAUACAGUUUAUCUGCAGAUCAGAUUAUCGAUGCAGCUUCAUAGCUCCCUUUCAUCUCCAUCGCUGCCAUCUUCGUUUUCCGCCACUCAGUAGUUUUUUUACAGAGCACCCUUAAAAAGCAAUAAAGGAAUUUGCAUCGGUUUAGAAACGGGAAAGGGGAACGGCUGUUGGAGUUUAUGAGCUGAGAUAUCACAUUAUGGAUAACAAAAAAGUAGUUGUAUGCGACAAUGGCACUGGGUAUGUCAAGUGUGGCUUUGCGAAUGAGAAUUUCCCCACAUCGGUUUUCCCUUGUGUGGUCGGACGGCCGAUGCUACGAUAUGAAGAAUCCCUUAUGGAACAAGACAUCAAGGAUACCAUUGUUGGAGACGCCUGCUUAAAGUUGCGACACCAAUUGGAUAUAUCUUAUCCUGUCAACAAUGGCAUUGUGCAAAACUGGGAUGAUAUGGAACAUGUCUGGGACCAUGCAUUUUUCAAUGAACUGAAGGUGGAUCCAUCAGAAUGCAAAAUCUUGCUCACAGAUCCACCUCUCAAUCCAUCGAAAAACCGUGAAAAGAUGGUUGAAACCAUGUUUGAGAAAUACAACUUUGCUGGUCUCUUCAUUCAGAUUCAAGCUGUUCUAACAUUAUAUGCUCAAGGUUUGUUAACAGGACUAGUCAUAGAUUCGGGUGAUGGUGUUACUCAUGUGGUUCCAGUAGUUGAUGGUUAUUCAUUUCCUCAUCUUACAAAAAGAAUGAAUAUAGCUGGACGUCAUGUAACUUCUUAUCUAGUUGAUUUGCUACUCCGAAGAGGGUAUGCAAUGAAUAGAAGUGCCGAUUUUGAGACUGUCAGAGAUAUUAAAGAAAAGCUCUGCUACAUCAGUUAUGAUUAUAAACGAGAAUAUCAACUGGGUCUUGAGACAACAAUCCUUGUUAAGAAUUACACUCUUCCAGAUGGGAGGGUAAUCAAAGUGGGCGCUGAGAGGUUUCAAGCACCUGAAGCUCUUUUCUCUCCAGAACUCAUUGACGUUGAAGGUGAUGGAAUGGCUGACAUGGUAUUUCGUUGCAUCCAGGAAAUGGAUAUUGACAAUAGGAUGAUGCUUUACCAACAUAUAGUUCUAAGUGGAGGGAGUACAAUGUAUCCUGGCUUGCCUAGUCGGCUGGAGAAAGAGAUUUUGGAUCGUUAUCUUGAGGUCGUUUUGAAAGGAAACAAGGAUGGAUUAAAGAAACUACGGCUAAGGGUAGAAGAUCCUCCAAGAAGAAAGCAUAUGGUCUAUCUUGGAGGUGCAGUUCUUGCAGGAAUAAUGAAGGAUGCACCUGAGUUUUGGAUCAGUAGACAAGACUAUUUGGAGGAAGGAGCUGCUUGCUUAAGCAAGUGUGGUCAAGCAUGAAUAGUCUUGUAAUGUGUUCCACAAUUCACUGUCUAGAAUGUUAAUCUUAUUGUUGUUUGUGGUUAAGUGACAGCGUGGUUCACUUAGUGAAGCACUUGUUAAUCAUUAUAGCAUAAGAGACAAGAAAAACAUGUUUUGCAAAUGUAUUAUUAUUUUGAUCUUAUCGCCACUCCAAUAUGUUUGUGUUAAUCGAUUGCCCUUUGCAAUCGAUUGUUGUAUUUCUUUGUCGGUUCAUUCAUUUUUGGUACUUUUUUCUUUCCCUUGAAUGCACAAAAAUAUAUUGAUGUGCACUCU